AGGAGGGGAGACUUUAAUUUCACCACCAAACCCAAACGCACCCACAAAUAUAUCACUACAACCCCGGGAACAGACCUUGAAGGUUUAGAGAGAGAAAGAGUCUUUCAUUAGAGUGAGAAAGUAAAGUCCCUUAUUGUGUUCCCAAUCUGAAGAAACGCCAUGGAUUCUCAGAUCUAUGGCGUCUCCAAGCACUUGUGCCUGAUAAUGUUUCUUGCACUCAUUACAAUAGCUGCUACAUUGCAAGACAACCCAGCAACGAAACACUCAACUUCUUCAAACUCGCCCCAAAUCAACUCCAACUCUGUCCUUGUAGCCCUUCUCGAUUCACACUACACUGAGCUCUCAGAACUGGUCGAGAAGGCCCUUUUGCUUCAAACCCUCGAAGAAGCUGUGACUGUCCACAAUAUCACCAUUUUUGCCCCAAAAAAUGAGGCUCUAGAACGUGACCUUGACCCUGAGUUUAAGCGGUUCUUACUUGAACCAGGCAAUCUCAGGUCUCUUCAGAAUCUUUUGCUCUUCCAUAUGAUCCCAAACCGAGUUGGGUCUAAGGAAUGGCCGGCUGGAGCUUUGUCAAUGGUUCAGCACAAGACUCUAUGCGACGGUGAGAGUGACCAUUUGAGCUUGACUUUGCAUAAAUCCGGCGAAAAACUUGUGGGUUUGGGCAAAAUGAUUCGCCCAGACGACAUUGUUAGGCCAGAUGGCAUUAUCCAUGGAAUCGAAAGGGUUUUGAUUCCGAGAUCUGUUCAAGAAGAUUUCAACCGGAGAAGAAGUCUGAGAUCAAUUUCUGCAGUGUUGCCGGAGGGUGCACCGGAGGUAGACCCAAGAACUAACCGGUUGAAGAAACCGGCGAGUCCAGUGCCAGUUGGGGCACCACCUGUUCUGCCCAUUUACGAUGCCAUGGCGCCAGGUCCAUCUCUAGCUCCGGCGCCGGCUCCGGGCCCUGGAGGACCCCACCACCACUUCGAUGGCGAAAGCCAAGUUAAGGACUUCAUCCAAACGUUACUGCAUUAUGGUGGGUACAAUGAAAUGGCGGACAUUCUGGUGAACUUGACUUCCUUAGCUACAGAGAUGGGAAAAUUGGUCUCAGAAGGAUAUGUAUUGACCGUUUUGGCACCAAAUGAUGAGGCCAUGGCUAAGCUCACCACCGAUCAGUUGAGUGAACCCGGUGCGCCGGAGCAGAUAAUGUAUUACCAUUUGAUACCGGAGUACCAAACGGAGGAGAGUAUGUAUAAUUCAGUGAGGAGGUUUGGGAAGGUGAAGUAUGAUACUUUGAGGGUGCCUCAUAAGGUGGCGGCUGAGGAGGCUGAUGGGUCAGUGAAGUUUGGGCAAGGUGAAGGUUCUGCAUAUUUGUUUGAUCCUGAUAUUUACACAGAUGGGAGGAUCUCUGUGCAGGGUAUUGAUGGGGUUCUGUUUCCGGUGGAGGAAAAGACUACGGUGACAAAGGCGAAGUCGGUGGCUAAGGUGGUUGCAAAGCCAAGGAGAGGCAAGUUGAUGGAAGUAACAUGUAGAAUGCUGGGAGCUUUGGGACAGGAUUCUCAUUUCUCUAGUUGUCAUUGAAAAUAAACCAUAAAAAAAAUCUCACAGAAGACAGAAUAAAUCACAACAAUGGAGAACGUUUAGGAUGAUCCUGGCAUGGCUGGAUAAAAAGGAGGAGGUUCUUGUACUGCAUUAAUUUCCAAAAAAUCCCCACAAAAGAUAAAGUUUCUUGUUAUUUUGUGAUAAAUACUGUAAUUACAUAUCAUUUUUUUGUUGUAUUUAAGUUUGUUUUGCCGACACUGUAUGCACAAGUAUAAAAUCCUGGAAGAACCUGUCUCAAUCACAGUUUGGUGGUGUGCUAUUUUUUAGCUUCUUUGUGCAGCCAUUACUUGUGAGUCAAAACAUAACUUCUGCUAUUCUUUAUGUUGCUCUAUUGUUUUUUUUUUUGUAUUGAAAUGGACCUUUCACUUGUUUUUUUGGCACUAUUAUUGUGGAU